ACGAUAAGUAAACCGUGAACAGAUUUGUUCAGAGGUCUUAGUGCAAUUGUGUUAUACGUUAGGGGCACAGAGCUGGAGCAGCCCGGUUCAGUUUUUCCUCAACCGCACUUCUCUUUCCCAGCAGCACCAAACAUGACGAAUAAACCUCGCCAGAACCCCAUUAAGAUGCGAGUCAUUGUCGUAGGACCCAAGGGUGUCGGGAAGUCGGCUUGUAUCGUCAAAUUCUUGACGAACAAAUUUCUCUACGACUACAGUUCAAAACAGGAUAAUAGUUACCAUAAUCAAGUGACGCUCGAGGAGACCAUCUACGACCUCGAUGUGACCGAUAUCACUAAGCAUAACAGUUCGGAAUCUCUUCCGGUCACGAAAUGCGAAAUGGUCGAUGCGUUCGUAGUUGUCUACUCCAUCGACAACCGAUGGAGCUUCGAUGAAGCAUCUGGAUGGCACCAGAAACUUGAGGCGCGCUUUCCGGAUUCACCGAUCCUACUCCUAGCUAACAAGUGCGAUAUGGCAUAUGCGCGCGAGGUGGACGCUGAGGAAGGCAAGGAAUUAGCUGGUGAACUAUUCUUUGAAGUGUCUGCCGCCGAAAGCGAAUCUACGGCCCUGAAUCGGGCGUUCGCGGCACUGUUCCGACGAGUGGUUCAGUUGAGAAACUGUCAGACGGUAAAAAGAAAGCUUAGCAUGACCAAAAAGAUCGGCAGUAUUUUCACGCGCAAAGAUUCAGCUCGGCGCAUUAGCACCAGUGCAUCGAUGUGAGAAAACGAAGCGAUGCUCACCCAUCAUAAACGAGGAGAGGUGAAAGCGAUGGACGCACGCUAGCUAAGCGUCGGAGUUCCCUCUCCCGUCUCGUACGAGAGCGCUUUCGGUUUGUAUAUAUCUUCGUGUUGAUGAAUACAUUUUAAUGGACACAUCCAGGGACGAUGUUAAGGGUCGCCAUGGCCGUAACAGCCGACAGAGCAGUAACAGCAAGCUCACUUACGGCAUUUGAAGCAGUCCAACGUAGAACAAACAUAUAGAAUAAGCACACGACAAGCGAGCGCGAUCCGGUCGACCAGAAGGUCAAUCCCGAAUCUAUUUAUGAUACACAUUACUGGGAGAACGAAGAACGACGCGCCGAUCACACUUUGCUAAAAUGAGCACAUUUCCAAAAUACGUCAGUCAACCACGGAUCCAUACAAUUAUACCAGCAACAGCAAUAGCGCACAAGUAGCGUCUGCUUAUCUAAUCCUGAUGAUGCCUCGAGUCGCCGAAAUCGUCAUUCGGUCUUUGUUACAUCACUAUUCAGCCUAGUUAGCGAAAUACUUUAUUCUGACCGAUUCCGUACCUGAUUUUAGCCCGACCGGUUGCAUUCUCACACACCGUAUGUACAUAAGGGUCAAUCACUCGCUUGUUUGACAUUCAGCAUAAGAAGAUAAGGAACAGGAAGAAGAUAUAUCAAUUAACGGUACUGAAACUGCUGUGACAGUUGCAGCUCGGUGAGAAUGGCUAACCAGUGCUAUGGCGCGUUAGUGUCAGACGCCCAGAAUCGAGCAAAAGUUAUCACAUAUUAUAUAUUGGGAUACAAAGAUAAGACUAAGUAAUUUCACAACUUUAAUAGCACAUUCAUCCCGCAUUGUAUAGGUCAACUUUUUUACUACGUUCACAACAAGUCGCUCACAGGCUAGCAUCAGUAGGAUACAGCUGUUGCUUAAUGCUAUAUUAGUACAAUUGUUGUCAAUGGAACCUAUACAAGGUUGUAUACGUGUCAAAGGCUGAAUCGGACCUGAAAAAGGACAAAUUACCAAUACAUGAUUAGUUUGUGAACUGGUAACAGCACUAACACAUGCUAAUGAAACGUUUCGAGAACCUCAAAACCGGUGUGAAGCUUAUCUCUUGCCGUUUGUUUCUUAACGUGCGGAUGCCAGUAAUGAAGUGAUAUCGUAUCGAUCAGUGGACGUUCAACAAGUGAAGUCCUGUGAAGAGGAACGGGAACGCUACCGCCGUUAAGUAGCCAAUUCGUGCGGGUUACUUUGGAACAGCGGUGCGUUGUCCAUAUGUAUCGACAAACUUAAAAGGGCGAAACAUCACAGUUAUAUCCCUAAGAUGUGUGUUUACGUAUGUUAUUCGAAUGUAUGCCUUAGACGCUGAAAAGAAGGAACUAUUCGACUAGGUAUCGAGGUUAUGUUGACGAUGUCGUCUAAGGAUUGAAUCAGCUUUAAUAACAGAAUAAUCAUCAUUAUUACGACCAUAACGACCCUAAUAAUUGAAACGAAACCCAGUGAAGAUAAGGAAGCGGCCAGAAAAAAAGAACACAACAGAGGGAACUGUUUACAGAUAUGGCUGCAGGCGGCCAUCCCACACGGUCCCUGCGUAGGAAUCAGAAGCAGGCCCAUUGAGCUGUACCACUGAACAUAGUGUAAAUAAGAACUUGUACGUUUGUAAGUAAACCAAGACAACAGUUUCAAACUAUACA